AUGGCGCAGGAUCCUCCCAAGGAUGUGCCGCCGCCCACGCCUGUCAACUUCCCUCGGUGCUAUCCGCAGGCCCAUGACAAUGACCAGGGCCGGGAUCAGGCCGCCGAGAGCACAGCAUCGGUCCGGCCGCCAAAGCCCCUCACUUCGGUCUUGCAGGGUAUCCUCCGCCCGGCCGAGAUCAACGUCUCGCAUCUCGAGGCCCUCGGUGUCCAUGUAAUUCCCGACUCGGCCCUCCGUGACCUCAUACCGGAUCCCGCCGUCAUACCCGACUUUGAGUCCUGGCUAGCCCUGUCCCCCGACGCUGCCCACGCAGCCAACGACAGCACCCGCGCGAAGCUGAACACGGGCAAUCUGUCUCCCGGCUGUCAGGUCUAUCUGGAGCGCAGGCGGGAGCUUUCUAUCCCCAAUGAGGCUGCCUAUCGUGCCGUUCGCAGGGUGCCUCCCCCCAAGGGCCAGUCUCAGGCCCGGCUUGGGAACUCCUACGAGUUCUUCCGCCACCUCGAACUGUUCUCUACCUUUUGGGACGAUACUUCGAAGCCCACUCCUUCGCCUCAAGCGAAGAAUGAUGGCCCGGAAUAUGGCGAGAAAGACAAUGCCGGCCCUGCUGACCCCAACUCUAAAGAUGGCCAAGGCAGCGAGAAUGGGGAUGCGGCGGCACAAGUGGCUCUCAUUUCCCGUACUGGCAGCGGCCACCAGAUGCCGGCAGAGUACCGUCAAAACAUGAUCGCCGCCUUUAUAAAAUUGGUUGCUUAUGACUAUGGAUGUAACGUCUCACAGCCUCGCGUUGAGCCACGGCUAUACCUAACCUCCACUGCCUCUUCGGGCACGCCAAAGCAGCCACGUAGCUCUUACUUCUCCUCGGGUUGCACUUUCGUUUUUCGGACUCCCACUACUCGAGAGGCCGCUCGCGCUGGGCUUGUCGAGGGUCCGCUUGUCGCCGUGAGUGCCAGGCAUUCUACCGUUUCCCCCCAGCUCGUCGGGCACCCUCGGCUCCCCAACCCCCCGACCGCGCCGGCUAUUCUGGGGACAGACAAAGAGUCCACUUUGGACCUGGCUCGGGAGCUAGUAGCCGCACUCAUCACGGCACAGCACCGCGCUCGUGAGGGCCACACCGAGAAGCGCGUUGGCGAGGGUGCGUGGUGGGCGACCAAGCGGCGAUGGGGCGGAGGUACCGGCGGACCCAUCGGCCGCGAAGUGGAGAUGCAGGCAGGCACCGACGAGACCAUCGGCGACAAGGAUGAGCCCCCACCGUCCUCGCCAUCCCAUUCACAGGUUACCGAUGUGAGUGCCCCGCCCCAGCCCUCCGCCUCUCGGCCUAUAUCAGCAUCGCCAUGGGGUGCGGCGUCAUACGCCGCCGCCGCCAGCGCCGCGUCGAAAUCCACGAAGAGGAUCAAGAAGUCAGGAAACCUGCCCAUGUAUGACAACUACCGCAUGGUGCGACCGCCAUCGACGACGUGGGAUAAGAAGACAAAGUAUCUUGCCAUUGGGAAGGUGCCCGGUGCCGACUACGACGACAUAUUCGUCAUCAGCGCCUUGUUCCACCACAUCAGCGUCGUGCGGAUACGGGUUCCUGACCGCCUGCUCGCGGUGCUCCAAGGCGAGGCUGCUGAUACUAUCCAGGGUGAGAAAGAUGGGAAGUUGAAGCGAAGUUGGGGCCGCCUCGAGGUGCGUCGCAGUCCCUGGUACGACUUUUUCAAAGUCGAUGACCGGAUCGCCGCCAUGCACGUAAUCUGGAGCAUGAUGGCAUACUUGAUGCGAGAGCAUACUUCGGCACCGGAACUGAGUGUACACGGUGAACAAGGUGACGUCGAGAUGGCCAACGCCUAG